CAUGUGCCACCAAAAUUCCCACAUAACGUAACUGAUAUAGACAUUUCUCACAAUAACAUAAAAGAGAUAAAGAGUGGGGACUUCCAAAAUCUUACAUAUUUGAAAACCUUAAACAUUUCCUGCAACUCAAUUUCUUAUGUUGAGAAAGGAGCUUUCAGAGACUUGAUUUCCUUAACAGAAUUGGGCCUGAGCAGUAACCAUUUGACUAGAAUCACAAAAGAAUUCUUCCAUGGCCUGACCAAUCUAAAAGUGCUCCUCCUUGACAGGAACAACAUUUCGACCAUUGAAAAUUCAUCAUUUUCUGUCUUCCACCACUUACAAAUACAAACACUGGAUGAAAUACAUAUAGAUUCCAACAACAUCUCAAUUUUUCAGUCGAUCGAUGUCUCAAAUUCAUCCCUCAGACUUCAAAUACUGAAUUUAGCUGACAAUCCUCUAAACAUUUUCAGGAUUAGUGCAGACAUUUUCCCCUAUCUCCAGGCAAUCAAUCUGUCCUAUUGUUUUUCAAAUACAAGUUUAGAAUGGGACGUGCUGAACACAAGUUUCUUUAGGAAUGUUAAGAGACUUGAUAUGUCUGGUGUUAGUGUCCCAUUAAAGCAAUUCAACAUGAUACUGCAAACAUUUAAUAAUUCCCUAGUUGAGUUAAUAUUGAAAACUAAGAAAGGGUCUAACAAGCCAUCUGGUUUCCAGUAUGAUGCUUUUGUUUCCUACAACAAACAUGAUGAACUUUGGGUCACCAGUGAGUUGCUCCCCAAACUAGAGGGAGAACAGGGAUGGAGAUUAUGUCUGCACCACCGGGACUUCCAACCAGGGAAACCCAUCGUGGACAACAUCGUGGACGGCAUCUACAGCAGCCGCAAGACUAUCUGCAUCCUCAGCCAGCACUACCUGGAGAGUGAGUGGUGUUCCAAGGAAGUGCAGGUGGCCAGCUUCCGUCUGUUCGAUGAGAAAAAGGACGUUCUGAUCCUGGUGUUCCUGGAGGACAUUCCAGUCUACCGGCUGUCCCCGUACUACAGGAUGAGGGGCCUGGUGAAGAAACACACGUACCUCAGCUGGCCCAAAGUGGGACAGGACACUCGGAUCUUCUGGGAGAAACUAAGAGUUGCCCUUGGUACCAGAAGGGGUUCUGAGGAGGAGAAUUCCCUCAGUGAUGUGCAGAAUGUCCUUUGA